AUGGACGCUACUGCCACUCUAACAACAUGGGACUUCUCGCCCCAAGCAGCACACCGGGAUGACUCUGACGGGGCCAACCCACGCAAACGACGACGAAAGUACAUCGCCAAGGCUUGCAACGAAUGCAAGCGCCGUAAGAUCAAGUGCAAUGGCGAGACGCCUUGUCAGCGAUGCGGCCGACAACGCAUCGACUGUAUCUACGACAAGCCCCCUCGUCACACCGAUGGCGAGUCGGAUCAACAGGUCUACCUCGAGCAACUCUGUAAUCAGAUGUCUGCCAUGCAGGAACAAAUCAAGACCCUCUCCGCAGCUUUCACGACCUUAACGCAGCACAGCAUCACUGCCACCGCCAUCGCGGCGCGGUCGGACGCCGCGGCGGCGGGGGCGGCGGGCAGCCAGCGACCGUUUCGUCGCCGCCGGUCCACGGUCAGGGAGACUGCGUUCCAGGGCCCAACGACAUCCGCCUUCAGCUUGCAUCUCGCCAAGUCGAAUCUCCUCCGCCAGGGGAUCGUCGAGCAGACGGAUGGUGCCGCGGAGGGCGAUGCCGAUGCUGAUGCUAACCACCCGCCUUCGCCGCUGCCGCCGGAUUCGCCUGGGCCGGCGGCGUUGCUGGGUGCGGCGCGGCCCGAGGGGGAUCCGCUGUGGUCGUUGGAUAAGGCGGAGGCGAUGCGGUUGUGUCGCGUGUAUGAGGAGGAGAUGGGGAUGAUGUAUCCCGUCUUGGAUUUGCAGGACUUGCUGGAUCAGGUCGAGGUGGUGUAUGGGUCGACGGCGGCGCGCCCUGGGGGUUUUCGGGCGGCAGUACACGCAGAUGACGUCCAGAUUCUGCGGUUGGUCUUUGCGUGUGCGCUGACGGCUGAGGCGGCGGGGAGCAGCGAGCUGGCAAUGCGGCUGUUUGAGAGUGUGCGUGAGGUGGCUGAUAAUUGCGUGUGGGGACCGUCGGAGAUUAAGAGUAUCAUCUUGUUGACGCUGGUUGCAAUUUUCUACUUUCAGAUCGACGAGGAAAUCCUGGCCUGGCGCAUCGCUGGCAUCGUGGAGCGCAUGUGCCUGGAAAGGGGGCUGCACCGACGGGAAACGCUUGGCCAGCCGGCCAUUGUCGCCGCAGGACGGGAUCGCGCUCUCCGGCUGUUCUGGUCGAUCUACAUCCUUGACAUCCGGUGGAGCUUUGGGACAGGCAUGCCGUUCUCUCUCGAGGAUAGCGACAUCGAUCCCUGGCUACCGGAACCGGAGGAGAAGACUCCCUACCUCCGGGUCAUGAUCCGGUACAGCCGCAUUGCGGCCAAGGUGUGGAAGUUUAUCUCGGCCUUCAACAAUACAAACGAGAUCAAGAAGGAAGAGAUGAAUUAUCUGGACUGGCAGGUCCAGCAGUGGGUGAUGAACAUCCCGGAGAUCCUGCGUCUGGAGCAGCCGCCGUUGUCGGCCUCGAAGACCGAGCCUAAACCACCGCGCAGUCUGCAUCGCCUGCGUGCGCUGCUUUACCUUCGCUCCAACCAGCUUCGCAUGCUCAUCCAUCGGCCCGUGCUUCACUCUGCCGCGCAUAUCGUGCGGUACCCGGCUGAGUCGCAGAUGGUCGUCGAUCUGGCCAGGGAGACAAUCCGAUUCAUCACGCGACUCAACGAGACAACAGAUAUCUACCGUCUUCAGCAGGUGACCUUCAACUGGUUCCUCGUUUCGGCUGUCGCGGUGCUGUUUCUGGCUGUCGCGCAAGCCCCGUCACAGUUCAGUAGCGCCUGUCGUGAGGAAUUCUACAUGGCGCUGGAACUUAUCAAAGGCUUCUCGACGAAGUCCUAUAUCUCACUCCGACUGUGGAAGUCGAUUCGGAGCUUGAGGAAGUUGGGGCCGCAGGUUAUGCGUCGGCAGCCUGAGGCAGCGGAAGCUGGGCCUCAAGGUGCAAAUGUGCUUAACUCUGCAAGGGAGCAUGAAAUAGAGCAAGCGAGUGGCGGGGUUGAGCCUUCAAUGCAGUCAAAGGGCAGUAUCCAGAGUCUCACGCCGGUGGAUGGGGUGCAGAUGACGAGAGAGUUGAUGGAGUGGUUUGAGGCGGUUGGAAGUUUGGAAACACAGAUCAUGGGGAUGGGGGCGCUGCCGCCGCAUCAGGAGACCGACGUAUGGGAGAGAAGUGGACAGUAUAUGGUUGACUACGGGGGCGAGCUGUCGAGCGUGAUGAAGGAUUGCUUCUGA